UGGGAAAUUCCCGCCGUAUUUGAACUUUUUGGUUUCCUCCCGGUUUUAUCCUAGAUUUUGGCAAUAUGCCGCUUCUGGGAACUAAAAUUUUCCAGCCAGCAAAGCCCUCUGUCAAUGUAGGCAAGGCUGACAAGGUUUACACCAUCAACCACACGAAAGAACAGUUUCAAUCGAAGGGAGAAUAUGAUAAACGAUGUGCGCUGUACAAGGAGCCAGUGUGGACAUGUCAGUGUACCGGCCAGAUCAAGUUGACGCAUGUUGAGGCGUGGAAGUCUGAACAAGAAGUCUACAAACAGAUCAAGGAACAGUUCCCAAAAUACUGUGAAAAGCCAGUUCUUGAAUUUGUUCACCACAGUACGGACAGGCUGGAGGAGUUGAUGAUGAAGACAUGGACCGCCCUUCAUCAAGCUUACAUGGUCGGGGAGCCAGUCCGACUGAAAGUCCGAGCUCACGGGAAGCCAAUCACAGGGAAAAUUAUCAAGAUUGAUCGCUCUGGGAUUGAGGUUGCCACCGUAAACAACUGCAACUCUCCGUCUAGCGACAAAGAAAAUAAAGGUCAGGAUUCUGGCUCUGGGGAGGCUGCAUCUCCAAGGAAAAUUCAACCAAAGAUACUUCCAUACAAGUAUGCUAUGAAGCUUGAUCAUGAUGAUAAGAUAAUCAGUGGUAUACCUGCCAAUGACAUCGAGAGAAUUCACCGGCCGCCUUCCAAGGAUGUCAUGCGUCUAUUCAUCCGAGCAAAUGCUGUUCGAUUCGGCGUGCAGUCCUCGAGUCCCUGGUUGGUCGAUGAAGUGUUGGUGAAGAAAUACAACAUUCCCAGCAAGUUUCCAGACUGUCAAGUCUCGCCACAGAAGGUUGCUGAGCUCAGUAAGAAAGCUGAAGAAGAAGUGUUAAAGAAACGAAAAUCGGCGGGAAAAUUGUCGGAAAGCCCCGUCAAGAAACGCAAACUAAAUAAAACAUCAAAAGAUAAAGUGAAGGAUAAAAAGUCGCCAAGGAAACAAAUGACGUUAGCUUUCUCGAAAAAAACGCCGAAGAAACAAACAGUGGUUUCUUUGGAUAGCGAUAGUGAUAGUUCAGACGAUGAUAUUGCGCUUGCUGAUGUGAAAAAGAGGCUUGAUUCAUGUUCAAGUGACGAAGAGGAUAUAUCUCUAGCAAAAUUGAAAAAACGGCAACGUGAACAAAGUUGUGAUGCUUCUUCGUCGGACAGUGACCUGGUUUUGGCCAAAGUUGUCAAGAAAUUAAAAGCAAGUCCGACAAAACGGAAAAUGUCACCCGCAAAAUUACAAAGGAAAAACAAGCGAACUCCUUCAAAGUUAAAAAAGAAAAAUGAACUGACGCCAAAAAAGGGUUCAACAAAAAAGGAUAGCGUCACAAAGGUAUCAUCGAAGAAAAAGGAUGCGACGAAACUAAAAAAGGGCAUGAAGCAAAUGACGUUAUUCGAACUCUCCAAGCAGCUGAAAGCGGGAGCCAAAUCACCCAGGACGCCGAGUAAAUCACCCAGAAAGUCUGCACCGACGCCGCCAAGAACUCCAAGGAUUGUUGGGAAGGUGCGGAAAGCUAUGAAAGAUAACAACAGGGGCCGAAUGAUCCAGUUUGCGAUCCAAGCUGCCAAGGAGUUGAAUGCUAAGCAACGUGCCAAUUUGCCUGACGAUGUCAAGGGAGAGAUCUUGAAGAGAUUUGAGAAGAUCGAGGAGAAAAAGAAGCUAAACAAGAUGACCCCGGAAGAACGGGAGGCGUACUUGGAAAAGCAGAGAGAGGAACAGAAAGAACAGCGUAGGAAAAUCCGGAUGGCUCAGAACAAGCGUUAUGAAGACACGGAGCUUGACCUGAAGCCCUUCCCAUCUCCCACUUUGGUCUCAACGCCUGACGGACUUCCAAACGAAUGCUUCGGGGACGUUACCUUGGUGACAGAAUUUAUCAGCUGUUUUAAGACGUUGUUGAUGCCAGAUGAUAAGGAGCCAGUAACACCAGAGUUUCUCAUGAAAGGACUGUGUUCCGGCGCAGAUGGUUUUGCCGCGGUUUCCCGCGUUCUUGCCAUCCUCCUCCAGACUCUACUGCAAGACGAAAUAUCUGAGGACUACAAAGAAUUCAAAUGUCCGCUGACGGAGAUUCCCGUCAAGUCGCACACGACGUCAGAACUGCUUCGUCUCGUCCUACGGAAACACGAUUCAGAUCACGUAUCAGAUGAGGGUUGUGAUAGCGAGGAUGAGGCUGAACAAGACAUUGAUGAUGUGAGUGAAGAGCUCCUUGAGCAGUUAGAGACAACCGAGUUUUACGAGUUUGAACCGAAGCAGAAGCUUGAGUUUUUCAAGUGCCUGUGUCAUCGUAUCAUGGGGUCGUACUCGGUCCAGGACUACAUGGAGGAGAAACAGAAGGAUAUGUCACGUUUAUGGAGACAGAAACUUGCCCAGUACAAAGAAAACAAGGAGAAUAAGAAGAACGUUAAGGAAGCAAAGAAGGAUGACGGUGGUAAAGAACCGACGUCUACUGAUGGCCAACCUGAUCCACAAAAUGCCUUAACCCUCUCAAACUUCUAUGGCAAGGAGGUAACUGAGCAAGCUGAAGACUCGGACGACUUGGCGUCCGUCGUGAAGCGACGGCGUAUGACGUCUGCUAAAGCUGCCAUGGAGAAAGAAAAACGUCAGAAAGAGGAACGAUUACGCCGUGAGAAGGAAUACAAUGCGUAUAAGAAACAAAAAGAAUUGGAACAAUUUGAGAAGGACUUUGAAGAGGGCUUGGUGAUGUCUAAGUUAUGUCUGCGCCAGCAUUCUAUAGGGUCUGACCGGCACCACAGUCGCUAUUGGAUAUUUGAAGAGGGGACUCCAGGGGUUUACAUAGAAAAAGGCUGGGCGAAUAAGGACAUCAAUUAUAGUCUCCGCAACUCUGAGGACUCGGACUCGGAUGAGGAAAUGAGCCAGAUGAGAAAAGAGGAUCCCAUGGAAAGAACCUUCCCACACUGCGGUCAGAAUCUCUGGUUCACGUACUCAACUAUCGAAGAGAUUGAUGCGCUGAUUGCUGCGUUGAAUCCUCGUGGGAUCCGUGAGAGUCAGCUGCUGACUGAGCUGAAGAAACGCUAUGUGGAUAUCGUCAAGAAGAUCAACACAGCUGAAAAGAGGGCACCAAAAGAGAAAGAGGACAGAGAAGUGGAUGGGCAGGUUGACCUGCUGACAACGUUUAGAGAGGAGUUGCUCGAGACUGAGGUGAAGCUACGUAACGGAGGUCUCGGUGGUGUUGACAGUAUGGAGAACUGGGGCCAGAAGCUGAUGACGUCGAGUGAUCGCAAGGCGCUGGGCGAGUGCUUGAUUGAGGUGCAGGCGACCGUCCAGGAGAAGUUCCGUGAAGGCUUCAUGGCCAAGAAGAAGGUGAAGCCCAAGAUGACCAAGGAUGAUGAGACGGGGGAACAAGCGAUCAAGGAAGCUGAGGAAGACAAGGUUCCUGAAGGGGUGACCAAGUGGACAGAGGCCGUGGUGUCGGCCCAAACCAUGUCCCGCCUUCACGUCCUCCUCGGAAUGCUCGACGCCUGCAUCAAAUGGGAGAAGUCAGCAGAGAAUGCGAAAUGUAAGAUAUGUCGGCGUAAACAAACAAAUGAUGAACUGUUGUUGUGUGAUGAAUGUAACCAGCCGUUUCACUUGUGGUGUCUUCGACCAGCAAUGUUAGAGGUACCUAAAGGAGACUGGUUCUGUCCCGCAUGUGUGCCGCAGUCUCAGAGACGAAUGAGAACAAGAGACAUCAAGAGGAGACCAUACAGAGACGAUGGAUCCUCCGCCGAGGACGCGUCAAGUGAUGAAACAGUAAUAGACGACGACGCGACCGAGGUUGAACACGAGGAUAACUGUGCCAUGUGCGGGGGAGACGAGGGGUUAAUCUUGUGUAGUACGUGCCCGAACGCGUUUCAUCUUGACUGUCACGAUCCUCCACUUCGGCAUCCACCAAGGGGACGGUGGGAGUGUAACCCAUGUAGAACGGGGGUCAAGUUGCGUAAGACCAAGAAACCCAUCGAAGCACGACGGGGACGAGGUAGGCCGCCUCAGAGGAAGGCAGCACAAAAGAAGGCCAAGUCUUCAUCCGAGGAGAGUGAUAGCAGUGAGGAGGAGGAGGAGGAAGAGGAUGAAGAGGAGGUGGUACAACCUGCCACCAGACGUGGAAGACCCUCCCGCAGACCGACCAGGUAUGAACAUGAGUCGAGCUCAGAUGAUGAAGAAGAAGAGGAAGAUGAUGAAGAAGAAGCACAGCCGUGCCGAUCACGUGCAAGACCAGCGUCAUCGCGAACUCGGAGGCGAAAACAAUCCACGUCGGAGGAGGAGUACUCACCCAAGUCACAGACUCGCCGGAGUGGCAGUGGGAGGCGAACCUCCGCUCCAAAGAAACAGCCCCCUGUAAAUAAUAUGCAUCUUGAGGAGAUCACAAAUCGUAUAUUACGUCACAGAUCAAGCUGGCCGUUUAGGGAAGCUGUCGAUAUCGCUGAGGUGCCAGACUAUUAUGACAUCAUAGCCAAUCCCAUCGACCUGGAGACAAUCAAGGACCGCUGUGCUAGCAAUGCCUAUCAGACGUGUGAUUCCUAUGUGGAUGAUAUGACCAUGUUGUUUAAUAAUGCACAGGAAUACAACAAGAAGGAGAGCGACAUCUAUCAGUGUAUGAUAACAUUAGAAAAGUACUUUAUCGACUUGUUACAGCGGUUCGUUCAUGGUUACCAUUAUGAGAGAGAGUUUCUGCCAUUUUCAAGAAAAGGCAGGAAAUGUGAAUGAGAAUGUGUCUAGGAAUGAUAUGGAGCUGUGGGGAGAGAUCGUCCGUCAGCAUUUCUUGCUCACUCUGCGAUGCUAUGGAAGGAGUUAACGGGAAAGACAGAGUUCGUACUGCAUGUGAAGAGGUUAAAAACAGCAUGCAUUGUAACCUCUUCCUUGGAGAAUGAAAUGGUUUCAUGUGGGUGAUUCAGUAAUGUGUACACUGGAGUAGUGUGCUUUGUAUUCAAAUCAUGCCAUUCAACAAGUGCAAUCUAGCCACUUAUGACUAUGCCCUGAUGUGGCAUGGGCCUUGUUAAUAAGAAGGAGCUUGUCCAGAUCAGUGUGAGAUCUGGGCAUUGUCAAACAACAUGUAUUCUAGUAGUUGUGGACAUUGUGCCGCUUUUGGAAAGGAAGACUGACAAAAAGAGAGUGAUUUGUGUAAACAAGUCCAUAACAAGCUGAUAACAUGAAUAAGUUCGAGUGAAUGAGGCACGUGCUGGACUUCAAGUUCCAUCCUUGAAUGCUGUGCAGAGUUGUAAGAACUGGUUGAAUAUAUCAUGUCGAUAGCUUGACAAAAAUAAUGCAUUUUCCUUGACUACAAUGAGGUGGAGCAGAAGUAUAUUUAUUUGCAGGCAAACGGAUGUUCAAAUGGUCCACUGUCGUCUUGUGCAGUGCCGGUGUUUUGAUGUUGUGGGACGUAUCAUCGUCAUUUUAGAGUUGGCUAGUUGUACCUGCAUGUUGGACAAAAAUGUGUUUUUAGGUGUAAAACUAUAGGACAGUUGAUGAAAUUUAGAGCCAACUUCCCUAGUUUUUGUGUAAUACUGAAAAUCACAUGUAAAAGUAAUGCACUACCAUAGGGUUUUGAAUCAGAUUUUGCGUUUUCUCACAACUCACAAAAUGUCAGAUACAACUGCUUAACUCCCAGCUUACUGUAAACCCCCCUGGGCAAGAGCUGUGCUCUCCAUUGACAUGAAUUGGUAUGGGGGUCCAACCUCGCUGUAUUUUGGGAAUAAGGAUGUCGGGUGUGUAUAAUCAAAUGUAGACUGAGACAGAAUGUUAAUGUGGCAUUGAAAUUUCUUCAUAAUUUUACAAGAUGAGAGAAAAUCUGAUAUGUUGUUUCAGAAAUAUAUUGUGCAUGAAUUCCCUAUUUCAGAGCAGUCGAGAAGUUAUUGGGCCUUCAGUUGUUGUCAAACGCCAUGUGGUAUUCAAAAAAUAUUUGAUUUGGUGGUAAUAAUGCUUGUUUUGUUUUGUGAGCUGAUAAACGUAUACUGAAUACUUCAAAGUGCUUGUUGUGGUAUGAAUCGUCAAGUAUUCAUUAACGUCGGAGUAAUCUUGUGUUCAAGUCAUGGUCUUUUAAGAAUGGAGACAUGCAGCUGACUCUGUGAGUAUGAGGGCGAAAGGUUGUCAACACAUUUAGGGGAGUAUGGAAAGGCUAUCUUGCAGGCCAGUUCUGUUUGUAGAUAGCAAGCUGAGUAUUGUGAACCAAUAUAUACCUAAUAAAGUGGAUGUG